GUAUUAUGAAUUGGGGUAAUCCAUAUGACUGGACAGAAUUAGAGUGGUAAAGUGCAACAUGGGGAGAAAGAUUUAUGUUUAUUGAUCCUUAUUUCUGGAGGUAGAUAUAAAUUAUUAUAUCUGUAGUUAUUUUGGAGUGGCAUUAGCAUUAGCAACAUCAAUUAUAGGAGCAUCAUGGGGUAUAUUUAUUACAGGUGUAUCUUUAUUGGGUUCAACUGUUAAAGCACCAAGAAUAAGAUCAAAGAAUUUGAUUUCAGUCAUUUUUUGUGAAGCUGUAGCCAUCUAUGGUGUUAUUAUGGGAAUUAUUAUGAUUGGUAAAGUACAAACAAUUGAGUCAUAUCCUGAUGAUUAAAUAGAUGAAUGCUAUACAACAGCUUUGUUUGGUGGUUAUUCCUUAUUUUGGACAGGUGUAUCUGUUGGAUUAUCCAAUCUGAUCUGUGGGUAAUUUUAAUAUUGCUAUUAAUUUUAGUAUUGCAGUAGGUGUAACAGGUUCUGGAUGUGCCAUUGCUGAUGCUUAAACUCCAGAAACCUUUGUUAAAAUUCUAGUUGUUGAAAUCUUUGGAUCUGCACUCGGUUUGUUUGGUGUUAUUGUUGGAAUUAUUCAAUGUUCAGGUGCCUCCUUCCUUAAGAAUUGUCUUACCUGAA